CCUUAGCUGCUGGGACAUCCAUCCUACCAUCAUCAACAGACUAUUCAGUGGAUUCUGAUAGUAAAAAUCCAGAUAUAGAUGAUAAAUUAGCUCCAUUUGAAUAUGCUCAUCUUGGGUCAUUAGCGUAUAUAGGAAAUGCAGCAGUAGCUGAUUUUGGAUUUGGAUUGACAUGGAUGGGGGGUUGGAGUGCU